AAACACCCCAACAACGCGCCAGUCUCUCAUAUAUUCAGUUUCGAACUGCUUCCAGCCUUAGCCUUGGAAUUUAAAAGGCGUUUAGAAAGUACUUCUCCUCUCGUGUUUUCUUGGCCUCGAAAUUCAGACAGACCCAUCGGCUGUGGCGGUCAAUCGAGUCAAAUUCCAUCGAGUCACAUCGAAUCAGACAGGUUGAAAGCAGCAGCAGCGAUGGGGCCACCUCGUCCUCCUGGUGUUCUGCCCGGAGUUCAGCUUGUGCCAAUGCGAACGGUGAUUCCUAGCCUUAUUGCAUCGUGUGCUAUCGCCUACGCUUGCUGGGAUCUGACCAGGAACCGACAUCUUCUUGGUGGAACUUGCGCGAAGACUUACGCUGACAAGGAUUGGGAGGAGGAGACCCUGGCCAAAUUCGACUCCGGAUGGCCCAGAGAGGCCGGUCCGCCCUGCGUCAUGAAUCCCAUCCGUCGUCAAAAUUUCACCGAACUUUAGCUGCGACCCUGCGCAAAUAUUUGAUCCAGUGCGCAUAUUGCAGAGUGCUUUGGUACAUGAUCAAAGUUUACCUGGACAGUUAACUUCACAUUCAGCGACAAAUUAGCAAUCGGGGAAAUUUCCCAAUCCUGAAUGCUGGAACCUUUAUGAGCAGAAUGUUAUUAUUCGGGCUUAUGUUCUCGUGAUUGUUUGGUCAUGAAUCGUGACUUUUUCCACGCAGAAAUGGCCAUCCCCAGGUUUACCUACUUCGACAAUCGCUUUCGUGCUCUUUCGAUCUAGCCUAGUGUCGAGGUCUAGCAGAAAACUCUUCCAAUUUCAUUGGAAGACUGCCUCACGACCGGGCUUUGGGACAGUCAAUUUUUCAAACAUCGAUUCUUGCAUGUCCAUGGUUCAGAUCCAUCUUCUGUCGGAUAGCCAUACCGGUCUAGCAUUCAGGCCCCACCGAUAGACAUGCCUAGAUUCGUUCUUGUCUGCAUGCGGAUGGGGAAUAACUGUGACUGACGGAAAUUGGUAGAAGCAUUUGGAGAUUUGCGGAGAG